AUCCUAAACGAAGGCGUCUGGAAAUGAGUGGGUCAUCUCAGAUAAGGGCAUGAUGAAUUGCACACUGGCCUGGCAUGGUUGUGGCACUAAAACAAAACAUGAGAUGCUUUGCCACCACAUCAUCUUCUUCUUUACCACCACAACAGCCACUGCAUGUCAUGUUGACAUGUUGUGCAACUUACUUCUUGAUUGUAGGAGUCACCAGUGGAUGGACAAAGCAAGCACAGAAAGAGUCCCACAAGUCAAGAAGCUGAUGAGUCUUUUGAAAUGGAAAAAGAUCGUAAAGAUAAAAAGAGGGAACACUGUUGAAACCUAUGACCCAGAACUUUCCAAAAGAAGAAAAAGUGAGGAUCAUUAUCUAGCUUCACGCAAACAAAAUGGGGAAGCCAAUGGAUCCUCCAAAAUGUAUGCAGAGAGAGAUUAUAAAGAGAAAUCUAAACAACAGAGUCACUCCUCUAAGAGCAAGGAACAGUUUAAUGAAACAGAUGGAUCUCCAAAACUGAAGAUGAAAGAAAAGAGAGACAAAUCAUGUUCCAAAAAACAGAAAAAAUAAAACCAGUUUGAUCUGGAUGUUUCCAGACUGCAGUCUCUUGUUGACUAUUGUUAGUUGGAUGGCAAUGUGCAGCUUUUUAAACCUUUUGUUUUCCCUUUUGAAACAUUGAUUUAUAUAUUUCUCAAACAUUUUUAGAUAGUAACAUAUGUUGAUCUGUAGAUCUAGUGUGGGUGAAUGUGUGAUAUCAUGUACAUUAGACUCUGGCCAUUCAGUUGGUUCUGUAAAAUUACAAAGUGACACUUUUUUUUUCUUGAUAUUGUUGACUUAUGAAUUAGAACUCAGGCUUUUGUUGAAACAGAUCUACCUUCUGGUCAAAUUAUAUUGAGUCAUUUCUCCAGGUUCAAAACAGUUCAACUUAUGGACCAAGGUGUUGAGUUGAUCGUUUCACUUGUUCAAUUGAAAUCCUAUCCAGUCCUAGUUCAAAGUCUUAGUGUUAGUGGCAAGCAUUGCUUCCAGUCCUGUGGGAUCUACUGGAAGUGAACUCUAAAAUAUGACCAUUGUUGCUGUACACACAGAUUUCAUGUAUUUAUGUUUGCUUCAAAUUAAGGGUCUAAGUGACCUUGGUUGACUAUGUUGAUCAUUGAAUAAAUGGACUGACAUGUCCGCAGAUUAUA